AUGAAUGCUGAAUUACCAAAAUUCUCUGAUAUGCCUGUGGAAAUCUUUCACAACUGUUUCUCAGAUAUUUAUACUCGUAUUUAUCAUAAGAAAAUUCAAUUUUUAAUUCUAUCACAGGUUGCUAUAAAUCGUCCACUGAAAAAGAGAUAUAGUUCUUCAUAUAAACCUAGUUUGUCUGGUUGCGAUUCUUCUAAUUGUUCUAUUACUAAUAUUACAAUUACUAUAGAAAUAGGACAGGAUGGUGUUGACAAACAUGUUCAAUCACUAUUAGAUAAUGAUUAUGAUGAUACUAAGGAAUUAGCCGAUGGCAUUUCAGCUCCUUAG